UCACUUAUUGGAAAAUAGAAAAAAAAGGAAAAAAAGAGAGUGGUUGUUGAAUAUUCAGAUAUGGAAAUGAGAUGUGACAUUAAACCACCAUAAAUAGAGCGCGGCACAAACACUUUCUCACUCAUUUCUCACCUAACCUUCUCUUCUCUUCUCUUCCUCCGCAUCUCGAUUUUCAUCUCUUCCGAUCACAACCACCACCGCCACCAUGGGAUUCCAGAAAAUCAAAGUCACCAAUCCCAUCGUUGAGAUGGAUGGAGAUGAAAUGACUCGAGUUAUCUGGAAGUAUAUCAAGGAUAAGCUCAUUUUUCCUUUCUUGGAGUUGGACAUCAAGUACUUUGACCUAGGUCUUCCUUAUCGUGAUGAGACUGAUGAUAAAGUUACAGUUGAAAGUGCAGAAGCAACUCUCAAGUAUAAUGUAGCAAUCAAGUGUGCAACUAUCACUCCAGAUGAAGCUCGUGUCAAGGAGUUUGGCCUGAAGAGUAUGUGGAGGAGUCCAAAUGGGACAAUUAGAAACAUCCUGAAUGGAACUGUCUUCAGAGAGCCAAUCAUUUGCAAAAAUGUCCCUCGCCUUAUUCCUGGUUGGACAAAGCCAAUAUGUAUUGGAAGGCAUGCUUUUGGUGAUCAAUAUCGGGCCACCGACUCAGUAAUUAAAGGACCUGGAAAGCUGAAGCUGGUCUUUGUUCCAGAAGGCCAAGGUGAGACCACCGACUUGGAGGUUUAUAACUUCACCGGUGAAGGAGGUGUUGCACUGGCUAUGUACAACACUGACGAGUCUAUUCGUUCUUUUGCUGAGGCGUCUAUGGCAGUUGCUUUAGAGAAAAAAUGGCCACUUUAUCUUAGCACCAAAAAUACAAUUCUUAAGAAAUAUGACGGAAGAUUCAAGGACAUCUUUCAAGAAGUUUAUGAGGCAAGCUGGAAAUCUAAGUACGAGGCUGCUGGUAUAUGGUAUGAGCAUCGGCUCAUUGAUGAUAUGGUGGCAUAUGCACUCAAGAGUGAAGGAGGUUAUGUAUGGGCAUGCAAAAACUAUGAUGGAGAUGUCCAGAGUGAUUUCUUAGCUCAAGGUUUUGGAUCAUUGGGUUUGAUGACAUCUGUAUUGGUUUGCCCUGAUGGAAAGACCAUAGAAGCAGAAGCAGCCCAUGGGACAGUUACCCGUCAUUUCAGGGUUCACCAAAAAGGUGGAGAAACCAGCACAAAUAGCAUAGCAUCUAUCUUUGCUUGGACAAGAGGUCUAGCCCAUAGGGCAAAACUGGAUAACAAUCCUACACUCUUGGAAUUCACUGAAAAGCUAGAAGCAGCUUGUAUUGGAGUAGUAGAGGCUGGGAAGAUGACCAAGGAUUUGGCACUUAUUCUUCAUGGUUCCAAGCUUUCAAGGGAGCAUUAUUUGAACACUGAGGAAUUCAUUGAUGCUGUGGCAGCUGAGCUUAAAACUAAAAUCUCUGCAUAGAUUUGUGAUUUUAGACAGGGGAAAAGUUACGAGAUUGAAGGGAUCAAAUGCACUUUCAAAAGAAAUAAGAAAGGGGAAUGAAGUAUUGGUCGUUGGCUAAUUUUCCUUCCUUCAUUUGUGUGAUGGAUGGGAUAAGUGUUGGGUGCUUCCCCAUAUUGUUUGAACUGUUUUAUCUGUUUGUAAUGUUAAACUCAUGCCUUAGAAGUUUAAAUGGAUUUUGCUAUCUUUAUGCUGA